AUGAACGUCCAAUUAUUCUGGAAUUUACUUUCAAAGGUUGAAACCUCAACUCCAGCCACUGCCCCAAAUUUUGAUACCAAAGAAAAAUUAUCAAAAUUAUUCACCGAAAAUGAAACCCUUAAAACUUUAUAUCCAUCAAUCGAUGCCAAUGUUUUAAAAACUUUAGAUGAAGUUUCAGAAGUUUUAAAAGGCGAAGAUGCCAAAAAGAGAGAUAUCCAAUUACACAAACUCAAUAAAGAUCUUUUAACCAAAACAUAUGUUUUUGCUGAAAAACUUACUGCUUUAGAUUUAGCCUACUAUGUUAUUUUAUAUGAAUGGAUGUCAAAAUUAAAUGAUAAAGAAAGAUUCACAUUUUGUAAUAUUACAAGAUGGUUUAAUUUAGUUCAAAAUCAAAAAUCAAUUUUAAAUAUUCAACCAGUUAUUGCAAUUAGUCUUGUACCACCACCAGUUGAAAAGAAAGAAGAAAAGAAACCAGCUGCUGAAAAGAAAGAAGGUGCUGUUGAACAACCAAAAAAAGAAAAAAGACAAGCUCCACCAGCUGCACCAGAACCACCAAUGGAUAUUUCAAGAUUCGAAAUUAAAGUUGGUAAAAUUGUUGAAUGUAAAAAACACGAAGCUGCCGAUUCAUUAUAUGUCGAAAAGAUUGAUUUAGGUGAAGCCGAAGGUCCAAGAACCAUUGUCAGUGGUCUCGUUAAAUUCAUCCCAUUAGAUCAAAUGUUAAAUCGUAAAGUUUUAGUCCUCUGUAAUCUUAAACCAGCAAAUCUUAAAGGUAUUAAAUCAUUUGGUAUGGUUCUUUGUGCCUCAAACAGUGACCACACACAAGUCGAAUUCGUCGAACCACCAGCUGAUGCCGUUAUUGGUGAACGUGUCGUCUUUGAAAAAUUCCCAGGUGAUUAUGAUAAAGUAUUAAAACCAGCUACUUUUGAUGCUGUUAUUGGUGACCUCCAAACUAACGCCGAUAAAAUUGCUGUCUUUAAAGGUGACUUAUCAAAAACCUCUGCUGGUCCAUGUACUGUUAAAUCAAUUGCUGGUGUUCCAAUUAAAUAAAAUAAUAUAAAAUAAAAUAAAUAUAUAUUUAAAUCAAAACU